UUUUAUUUUUGUUUGCAAAACCCUUCCUUAAUCAAUAUAAUGUAUUCCGUUUUAAAUUGUGAUUAAUAUGCGAAACUUAAUAUUGCGCACCAGUGAGACCGCCCUCUAACGCACUCGAUAUCCCCAACACGCGCGCACCGCCCACACGCCAGCACCUCCCCCGCACCCACAGCACCGCGCACCCGCGCCGCACACAGAACAAAUGUCAUCCAAUUAAUCUUCAUGAAAAAGUGAAAUCAAAGAACACGAAGGCGAUGUGAUUUCGUAGCGGCCAGCAGCCGGGCCAGGCAUAGAACCAAACAGGCGCUCCAAACAACAUGUUGAUGUACGCAACUAACUGUUUGAAAAUUGUAACACUUGCCGCAAUUUGUGGCGCACUGAACCAGCUGCAAGUGGCCGAAUCGACAGACAGAUCCGUGCAGCAAUUGCCGCAACGCAUCUACGGUUUGCUGAAUGAAUUAUCCUGCGGCGGGCAACUCAAUGCGAGCGCCAGGUUCGCAUUGCUGCUGGCCGAAUUCCUGAUAAAACAGAAAAUGCGCUAUGCCACGCCCACACGAUACGAGAGACAACUUUACUAUCAUCUGCUGCACAGCAUGGAGCAGCUGCGGAGCUGUGGAAGCCAGGACGAAAUAAGCCAACUGCAGCAGCUGAUACUCCGGAAUGCCUUUCAGCGCAAUGUGCUGCUCCUGCCGUCCAGCCUGAAAUACGGCGCCCUCAACGCCAAUGCCGAGUACGAACAACUGGCAAUGAACUAUGAGAGUCUGGUCGAGAAGGGCGCGCCAAAUGCCACACAAUCGGAUCUCUGCAUGCGCGACAUAGUUACUCUGGAUGCCAGAGAUUGUAAGCUCAGCCUGGACUGCCUGGACAUACUGACCAGCGAGGCACCUGCCUAUGGCUAUCAGCGCACACAUCAGGUUCUGCUGCUCUACAUGCUGCAGCAUCAUAAAUGUGCGCCCCGAUUGAGCCCCCCGCAGCUGUACGAGGAGCUGGUCAGGAGCCACUGCAACGAGAUACUCAGCGAACAGAAUGCGAUCCGCAGCCUGGCUUUGGGUCUGGGCAAGUACCAGGAUCUGUAUCUGGAGCAAGCUACCAUCUGUGGACUGUGGGGCUAUAACGAGUUCCUCAACUGGCGGAAUGUGAUGGAAAUUGACAGCUGGCACGCAAAUGAGUCCAAGGAGCAGCACAUCAAGGAUCUGUCGCUGGUCUUCUAUAUUAACGCGUUGCUGCUGCUGCAUUAAAUUGAUGCUAACUGUUGCUCCUGCUGCUGCUGUUCCUGCUUCUCCUUGUGCUGCUCAUGCUUC